AUGGCGGCGGUGCGGCGCGCGCUGCUCUGGGCGGCUGUGUUCGGGCCGCUGCUGGCCGCGCGCGCCGACGAUAUCAUCUUCAGGGUCCCUGAGGUGCUGGUCCGUCAUGCCGCCGCAUCGAAACCGGUGGGCACAGGGCGCACAAAUUCUAGUCGCGCAAAUAAUGGUUCCGAGCAGUGGGCCGGCGAAGACAACUUACUAGAAGUCCGCUACGAAGAAUAUUUCGUUGAACAUGACAUUUCAACUGCAGACGCACGGCGUGCUGCUGCUGAGCUCAACCUUGACAAUGUGCCAUCGAGUCGUGAAGGUUGCGGUACGUGCAGUCGAAGCGACAUGGAGUACUGUGAAACACGCGUGUUGGCAGACCACUGCUGCUGUGAGCGGAGCUACCUGCCUGAUCCAUUCCCAUGGUUACCUCACACAUGUUAUACUGGCCCACACCGUUGUCGACCGCUGGCGCAUGAUUGCGUUAACUACGCUCGCCGACGGGACUGCUGCUGUCACAGGAAAUUAGCUGAACGAUGGAAGAGCAUCUUAUCGAAUUCUACGAGGCUGGGUAUUAGUGGAGCUUCACUCUUACUGUUGUCAAUAUUGCUUCUAGUGGCGCACCUUUGA